CACUUCCAGGUUUUGCUGCCACACUCGUUAGGAAGUCAUACGAUGUCAGAAGAGUUGAAAUCACUCCCCUGGAGCAGAGGAAGGUAACUUUUGAUACCCACGCUUUAGUGCAGGAUCUGGAAGCCCAUGGCUUUGGGAAGGAACAAGCAGAGACCAUCGUAUCGGCAUUAAUAACCCUGUCGAAUGUCAGCUUAGACACAGUCUAUAAGGAUAUGGUUACACAGGCUCAACAGGAAAUAACUUUGCAGCAGAUAAUGGCACAUUUGGAUUCCAUUCGAAAAGAUAUGGUCAUCCUGGAGAAAAGUGAAUUUGCAAACUUGAGAGCAGAGAAUGAGAAAAUGAAAAUUGAAUUAGAUCAAGUUAAACAGCAGCUAAUGAAUGAAACCGGUAAAAUCCGAGCAGACAGCAAGCUCGACAUAAACCUGGAAAGGAGCCGAGUGACAGAUAUGUUUACAGAUCAGGAGAGGAAACUGAUGGAAGCAACUACAGAGUUUCAUAAAAAAGAUUCAAGUACCAACAGUGUCAUCUCAGAAAUCAGUAAUAAAAUUGACACUGAAAUAGCUUCCUUAAAAACACUCAUGGAAUCAAAUAAACUCGAUACAAUACGUUAUUUGGCAGCUUCAGUAUUCACUUGCCUAGCAAUAGCACUGGGAUUUUACAGGUUCUGGAAAUAGAUUUAAAUGGAAUGACUGCAUCAAAUACGGAUGGAGAAAAGGCUGCCCAGGCAACAUCAGUUAGACGAUCAUGUAUGCGCUGUACAUAACCUUGGUACCUUUUUGUUUUGAUAUUCUUACUGUGCCGUAAAAAUAUUUUCCGAAUAUGUAGCACUACAGAUCAAAAUAAUUGGGGGGGGAAGUAGGCAAAUAGUAUUAUUUCCUUAUCCCCUA